CGGUGCAUUUAUAUGAGCCUUUGCCUGUCACCAAUCAAACUUUUUACAGUUGACCAACGGAGCUUGUAAAGAAGUUGAGCGGCCACACAGGGGAAACUGUUUCCACAAUGUCGAAUGAGCUGGUGGAAGACGAGACUCGGUUCUACUGUAACGCACAGACGUACUGGAAGAAUGUUCCACCCACAGUGGAUGGGAUGCUGGGAGGCUAUGGACACAUAUCCAGCAUCGACAUCAGCAGCUCCAAAAAAUUUCUACAGAGGUUCCUUCGAGAAGGUUCCCAUAAGGUAGACUCCUCGUAUGCCCUGGACUGUGGGGCUGGCAUAGGUCGCAUCACCAAACGUCUCUUGCUGCCACUAUUUAAGAAGGUGGAUAUGGUUGAUGUGACAGAUGAAUUCCUGAGCAAGGCGAAGAGCUAUCUCGGGGAAGAUGGGAAGAGAAUUGGCAACUUCUACUGCUCCGGCCUGCAGGAGUUUGCUCCAGAGCCAAACCGCUAUGACGUCAUUUGGAUACAGUGGGUAAUAGGACAUUUGACAGACAGCCACCUUGUGGAGUUUUUAAAGCGCUGCAAAACCGGCCUACGACCCAAUGGCAUCAUUGUCAUCAAGGACAACAUGGCUACAGAAGGCGUCAUUAUGGAUGAUGUGGACAGCAGCAUCUGCAGAGAAGUAGACAUGGUAUGUAGACUCAUCAGACAGGCCGGCCUCUCUGUUCUGGCCCAAGAAAGACAGGAGAACUUUCCUGAUGAAAUCUAUCAUGUCUUCUCCUUUGCCAUGAGAUAAAAGAAACGGCAUGGUUUGCUUGUCAAGUCGUAACCACGACCUAUCCACUGUAGACUGCUUUGCCAAGAAAAGCUUGUUUUUAAGCAUGCCAAGUUUUAUAAACUGGAAUAGGAGAAGAAGGAAGCUUGCAGAGUGUGCCAUCUUGCUGAUGAGAAAGAAGCCUAUGAUGUCAUUGGGAGAUGGUGACCGCGGGAGAGACACAAGCCGCAGUGAGGUCACAGGAUAGCUCAUUGAUGUCUGACAGCCGUAUAUCAGAUAUUAUGGACAGAAGAAAAGAUCAAUUUGCCAAAACACACAAAAGAAAAAUAAAUGUUUUUUCAAACCGGCUGCUGACGUCGCCAAGUACUGGUAUUUUGAUUAGAAUUGAAAAAAUAAGUUCCAUUUUAGAGACAAUUCGAUUGGAACUGCAGAAAAAUCUUUUUUUUUGUGUGUGUGUGUGUGUUUAUUUCUUUUUUUAAGCCUUAGGUGGCAUAGGGAAGGGUUUGAUCCUCUGUUAGAUUUUUAUUGGGGAGUAUUUUCCACCCUUUUUGACCAUAAAGGAGGCAAUAUAAUCACAAGAGGUUCUAACCCUUCACAGUCCUAUUAUAAAACAAUGCUUUUAUAUGCCGCUCUGUUCCUCUUGGUUUCUGACCCAGCAUCAGACAGGGCAUGAGGGAAGCUGUCAAUGGUGGUACAGACUUCCCUUGUUUAUGCAGUCCGAAACAAGAUUCGUCUAGAGUUCCACCUUAAAGAAUUUCAGAAUAUCCUGUUUACUCGAGGCUGCUUUUUUGUUUUUGGUUGAAUGUGAAAAUAAUGUUCCACAAAGUGUGUACAAAAAACAAAAUUAAGCCUUCCUGUAACAAUAUCGUAGAAGCUAUUGUACCUAAUGCCGUUUUCCAGCAAUAGAGCCACCUACCUCAGAACCAGUUGCUUAUUUACAAAGACUGCAAUGCAGUAGCCAAUAGCGCUAAAAGCUCAUGUGGGACAAUAAAUGAGGGAAAUGUA